GUUCAAAUUCAACUCUGAAAGGAGAGAGAAAGUGCGAAAGUAUCAGCCAUGUCGUGUUGUGUAUCUUGCUGUGCAUCUUUGACAUGUGGUCUCUGUACCUCUGUGGCAUCUGGGAUCUCCCAAAAAUCUGCUAGGAUCGGUUACUGUUUUUUCUUUGGCGCUUCUCUCAUCAUUUCUUGGAUUCUCAGAGAAGUUGGAGCACCCCUAUUGGAGAAACUCCCAUGGAUAGAUUCUUCCGGGACACACACCAAGGAAUGGUAUCAAGCAGAAGCAGUUCUUCGCGUGAGCUUGGGAAACUUCUUGUUCUUUGGUAUUCUAGCCCUUAUAAUGAUUGGUGUGAAGGACCGGAAUGAUAGGCGUGAUUCAUGGCACCAUGGUGGAUGGACUGUGAAAGUGGUGAUCUGGUUAUUGCUUAUGGUCGUUCCGUUCUUCCUUCCAGAUGUCAUAAUAUUGAUAUAUGGAUUCAUAUCAAAAUUUGGUGCUGGCUUGUUUUUAUUGAUUCAAGUACUAAUUUUACUUGACUUUACGCACUCUUGGAAUGAUGCAUGGGCUGAGAAAGAUGAACAGAAAUGGUAUAUUGCUUUACUUGUUGUAUCAGUCGUAUGCUACAUUGCAGCAUAUGUGGUGUCAGGAAUUCUUUUCAUUUGGUUCGACCCUUCUGGAUAUGAUUGUAGCCUCAAUGUCUUCUUCCUUGUCAUGACCAUGAUUCUUGGCUUUGUGUUUGCAGUUGUUGCUUUACAUCCUCAGGUGAACGGAAGCUUGUUGCCUGCAUCUGUUAUUUCCCUUUACUGUGCUUACGUGUGCUACACGGGCCUUUCUAGUGAACCUCAUGGCUAUGAGUGCAAUGGUCUCAACAAGUCCAGAGCUGUCAGCACAAGUACACUUAUUCUUGGCAUGCUAACAACAGUGCUAUCAGUGUUGUAUUCUGCUCUUCGUGCUGGAUCUUCAACCACGUUCUUAUCACCACCAUCUUCUCCUAAAUCGGGUGAGAGAAAUCCUCUUCUUGAAGAAAAACUGGAGGAAGGAAAAACAAAGGAGAAGGAAAAGGAAAAGGAAGCAGGACCAGUUAGUUAUUCUUAUUCAUUCUUCCACCUAAUAUUUGCUCUGGCUACCAUGUAUUCAGCUAUGCUUCUUUCUGGAUGGACUAGUUCAUCUGAAAGCUCAGACCUCAUAGAUGUUGGAUGGGUAUCAGUAUGGGUUCGGAUUGGCACAGAGUGGGUUACUGCUGGAUUGUAUAUAUGGACUCUUGUGGCUCCUUUGCUCUUUCCUGAUCGUGAAUUUGCUUAGUUCUCGUCUUUAAAUUACUCUUACUAUAUGUAUAGCAUUUUCAUUGGGUUUAUGGUAUUGUAAGUUAUGACCUUACGUGCUUUAUAUAUAGAAUGUUAGUGUGUUGCAAUACGUGAUAUGUGUAUAUAUUCACCUCUUCAUGUGAAAUG